GGAAGAAUAUGAGGAAUUCAAGGCGCGUCACUUGGAGAUGACGUUAUAUUCGGUUUUGUCGAACGUGUUCUCUUUGUUUACGCUGCAGGUCUUGAGCAAGAAGUAUCAAGGAGAUAUACUUGGAAAACUGCUCAGGAAGAUCGAUAUUCGUCUGGUGCCCGUGUUUGCUCUGCUGUAUCUGAUACCGCGGAAGUAUAAUUUCCGUGACUGCUUCUCUCUCAACAGAACUCAGUCAAGUUUCUCAGAUGUUGGAAACGCCAGAGUAGCCGGCUUGACGAAGACGAUUCCAAUGACCGAUGGGCAAUAUAAUACUGCUCUUUCUCUGUUUUUCGUGUUCUAUAUCGUGUUCGAGGUACCUUCGCAGAUGAUGCUGAAGAAGUUUCGACCCAAAUGGUACAUAUCUUGCCUAACUUUGUCUUGGGGACUCGUAAUGUCCCUGACAUGCUUGAUCCAGUCGUAUCGCGGCUUUAUGGUGGCCCGCAGUUUCUUGGGUAUAACAGAAUCUGGCCUAUUUCCUGCUGCUGGAUAUACUCUUUCUACGUGGUAUUCUCGAUCCGAGUUAGCGUCUCGUGUAGCUUUAUUUUUCUGUGCCGCAUCUAUCGCUGGAGCAUUGUCAGGAAUUUUGGCGUAUGGUAUCAGUUUUAUGGACGGUUUAGCGGGUAUGGAGGGAUGGAGGUCGAUCUUCAUGGUAGAAGGCCUCAUGACUGUCGUGUUAGGGCUCCUUGGCCCUCUCAUUAUUUUAGACAGUACGGCCUACUGUGGGCAAUGGCUCAGUGAUGAAGAGAAGAGAUUUUUGGUUCUACGGCAAAAGUACACUGAGACCGGCCCUGUACCGCCUGCAGAACAUUUCGAUUGGAAGUAUGUCAAGAUCGCAUUCACAGACUGGCAAAUGAUCUUCCAAAUUGGCAUUUGUAUAACUCAUGGUGCUCUCGGUUAUUCCAUCUCUUUCACGCUACCGGUUAUUAUAAAGUCUCUCGAAUUUACCACCUACGAGUCAUACUUGAUCCCUGUGCCCAUCUACGUUGCCGCUUGCGUUUUGACUUACUUCAACAGCUGGUGGGGUGAUCGGAGAAGAAGUCGCUUCUUACAUAUUGUUGUUCCCUUCACAGGUGCAAUCAUAGGUGUGGCCAUAUGUUUUGCAACUGCAGGAAAGAAACAUAUUGCUGGUGUGAAUUUAUUUGGAUUGAUUUUGAUCGUUUUCGCUUCGUAUUCUCCUGUUCCUACAAACAUCUCUUGGAUGGCCAACAAUGUUGUCGGCUAUAAGAAGGUCAUUGCAAUGGGAAUGCUCAUGGGAAUUGGCAACUGUUCCGGCCUCAUUGGUUCAAAUAUCUAUCUCAUAUCUGAGUCACCAAAGUACCCGACUGGCUAUGGCGUGUCACUCGGGCUCGCCGUCAUGGGUAUCGCUUGUGCCAUCGUAUUGAAAUUUGUUUACGCGAGAGAGAACAAGAGAAGGGAUCUGCUGACUGUGGAGGAUAUUGGGAGGGGCUGGGAUGAGAAGAAACUCGCUGAUGCUGCUGACCGUUCACCCUACUUUCGCUAUAUCAUUUAGAACUGCCAUGCAGCACUGUACAUCUAGGAUCCUAAAGAAUAAAUGAUCCCACUUUCACUCGUUCCAGGUAAUAACAGUAGAGUCAUCGUCAGGAGUGUCAGGGUGUUCUCGUUUGCGGUGAGUACUGACGCGAUCACGGGAAGGGAAGAGCCGAAAACAACCUUGACAUGCGCAAAUGAAAAGUGGCGUC